ACAUGGAACCCAUAUGGCUUAUUCAAAGGGUUCUCCUAUGGGAACAGUCAAAGAACCCUUUCAGGUCGAAGUCAAAUCUAAUUUGAUAACAAUUGUUUGAUAACAAUGUGAGUCAAACUUAUCUUAUGCAUAUCACAGAAAUUAUGUAAAUCGGUAGAUAUAGAGACUUGAGACGCUUUUAAAUCUCAUCACAUUUACCUGAAAUUAGACUAUAUUUUUUACUUCUUUCAAAGUGCAUGUUUGGUUAAUUAUAUUUUAUUCCAUGUAAUGUUUCCAUAGAGUAACUGCAAUGCUACUUUGGUAGUCAAAUCACCUUAACAUCACUUUGUCAUUUUGUUUAACUGGAAAGGUACAACACUGCCUGUUAACUCUCAGAAGGAAGUUGUGCACAUGAGUUCAGACUUCAAAUCGAACAAAGAGACAAUUCCUUGUUAAAUAUUUUGUUCUACAUGAAAUCUUUCAAACAGGUCUGGAUUGACAAAUGAUUGUGUUUUAACAUUUGUUCACAACAACAACACUUCUCUUGAGUUUCAAUAUAAGGGUUGGGAGCAUUAACCCAUAAUCUCUUCACAGUGGCCAUGUUACAGCCAGUACUUCUACUCCUGCUACUGGCCAUGACCUCACCAGUGUUUGGGACUGAGGUAUCGGUACUAGAGGGAACCUCUGUUACCCUUGUCUGCACAUACCUAGGGGAUAAAAAUAUUAAGACAUGCUGGGGCAGAAGUUGUGGAUUUGUUCAGUGUACUGAUACCAUAAUGGAAGAUAAAUCCAAAUAUAAAAUUAACGCUGAAGUUGGAACAGUGAAUCUCACCAUUUUAAAGCUUCAGCCGACAGACCGUGGGAGCUACUGCUGCAGAGUCUAUGUCCCUGGAUGGUUCAAUGAUCUAAAACAAUUCUACAGCCUGAAGGUAGUCAAAGGUUGUGUGAGGGACCUACUGGACGAAGUCCAUUUUCUGGGGAACAAUAUUGCGAAUCAGCCAUUUACAACCGAAAAUGCAAGUCAGUGCAGGCAGGAAUGCACCAAAAAUGACAGGUGUCAGUACUUCACAUUUGUUGAUGAAAACGCAGGAAUAAAAGUCCACAGAAACAAAUGUUUCCUGAAGGCCUCAACUGGUCAUACGCCUGAAAUUACAAUACAGCACCUCCAACAUGCAACCUCAGGCUACUCUCUGAGAAACUGCAGUGGUAAAGUCACCUACUCAGCCAAGAAGUACAGCCUCGUCCCUGAGAAGAAAAACUGGACCGAAGCACAAGAAUACUGCAGACAGUACUACACAAACCUGUCCAUCAUACACACAGAAGAGGAUUGGAAGGCAAUUCAAUCCUCUUUGGGUGAUUUCUGUGGUGAUGUGUGGAUUGGGCUCCAUAGGUCUGGUCCAACUGAAAAGUGGAAGUGGUCUGAUGGAGAGGACUUCAUGUUCUUUAACUGGGAAAAAGGUUUUGGUCUCAACACUGAGGGUUACGACUGUGUCUUGUCUAUUUCAUUUCAUUGGCAACCAGUGAAUUGUGCAGCCCUAAGUCAGUAUAUGUGUCAACGAGUUCGUCAUGGUAAUGGAACAACAGAGAAGGUGUAUGAGCUGAUGCCUGGGGCAAUGAUGUGGCAGGAUGCUGUGACAGACUGCAGGGAAAUAAACGGCAGAGAACUGGCGAGUAUCUGUAACCAGAAAGAGCAGGAAGCCUUUGAUGAGGUGACUACAGGGAAAACCUGGAUUGGACUUCAGCAGAAGAACAAACUAUGGAAUUGGUCAAAUGGAGAACCAUUUCAGCAAUGGGAACAUACCAUGGGAGGUGGAAACUGUGUACAGCUGAACUCAGACAGAAAAUGGACACCAAACGAUUGCUCUAGUCAAAGUAUUUUCCUUUGCUAUGGAGAUGAACACCCACUUAACACCACAGGGGAUUUGACCAUUCCUGUUACCCCUGAAACCACCAGGCCUAUUUCCACCACAACACCUACCACUUUACUACCUACUGCUACUAUUGGACAGUCCACCACCUCACCAACUACAACCACUAAUGGACAGUCCACCACCUCACCAACUACAACCACUAAUGGACAGUCCACCACCUCACUAACUACCACUACUAAUGGAGAGUCGACAACACCACCAACAUCAACUUCCAGUGGACAACUGACCUCAUCGUGUCCCACCUCCCGAGACUGGAAUCCUACAUCCUCACCCAGUAGUGCAACUUCUCCAGUCCAUCCGGAUUACCUGCACUACAUCAACGAGUCCAAGAGCUGGAUCAAUGCCCUGGAGUUCUGUAAAAGUUGUGGCUCAGAGUCCAACCUGGUGCACAUCACCAACCAGACCGUACAGGCUGACGUGACCCAGCUCCUGGCCAAAGUGGAGCUGCCAUGUGGGGGGGUAUGGAUUGGUCUGGAGCGGUCCAUCUUUGAGUGGAGCGCCCCCUGGCUGUGGACCAGUGGUGAUGUUGAUAAGGUGGUGAAGUACAGUGGGUGGCACAGCUGCUUCCCCCUCAAUCCCAUCAAUUACCACUGUGGUAAGAUGGUCCGGGUUGGUAACAGAGAACUGAAGUGGUUGGAUGCUUCCUGUCAUCAGGAAUUACCCUUCAUCUGUCAAGAUCUCCACCAGAGGGCUCACCAUGGCAGCCGGGACAGUCUGCAGACAGACACUAUGUAACAGCAUAGCUGAUCUAAUCUACCAGAGAGACUACCACACUCAAGGUCUGGAAGGAACCUGCAUUUGAAUUCAUUAUAUUGUUACACUACUAUUACUACUUUUCAUAUUAUUACUGUUAUUAUUAUUUAUAUUACAAUUAUUACAACUUUUUAUGACUUUUAUUUAUCAUUUUCACUAUUACAUUAUAUUACUUAAUGACACUGUAUGUUCAUUCAUAACCAUUGCUAUUUGACUCUUAUUAACUGUACUAAUUUGAUUGUUUAAAAAUAGAGUUGAUAAAAAGUAAAGAAGAUUAUUAAAAUUAAAAUGUAGUUUUUCACUUUUGUGUGAUCACUGUAGCCUACUGUAGAAGAUGGCUAGUUAGCCUAGUGGUUAGAGCGUUGGACUGGGGCUGAUAACGUAACAAUCUGUUGCUCUGCCCCUGAACAAGGCAGUUAACCCACUGUUUCUAGGCCGUCAUUGAAAAUAAGAAUAUGUUCUUUACUGAAUUGCCUAGUUAAAUAAAAGGUCAAAUUAAAAUAAAUAAUUACACUUAGUAUUGUGUUAAAAGAUGUAUGCAUUUCAUGUGACAACUGUGACUUCUGUGAAAUUGACACCGCUGCUAUAUUGAUGCAACAAUGUGCCAUGAACCAUAAGCUGUGCAAAAACAUGCAUUUUGGAGACAUAAAAAAGGGAAAUGAUAAGGUUUACAUAGGCUAUGGGUAACAAUAUUUUUUUGCAGGAGCCUAUCCUAAUAGAUUAAUGAGAGGAAUCGCUCCCCUAUCUCAUCCCCCCCUUCCGCGCCGCAACCCCCAUAUCUGAGACAUCGUCUAUUACCAGCUCUAUCUCU